AUAAAAAGUGAUUAAAAAAGAAGACUUAAUAGUUUGACAAAUGACAAACGUCACUAAACCGUAAACAAACUUUCACAACAAAAUCAACAAUACAAAAAAUCUAAUUUUAAUAUGGACGAAGAAACCCCAGAAAGUGAUUUUAGCAUAGAAUGCUUUCAAAACUACACCGCCCCCGAAGUUUUCAUUCAGGGCCUCGCUGGAAUAGUAGAUCAGCAAGACGUCGAGCUAAUGAUUAGGGCUCAAAAACAGAUGUUGCAACGAUUUGAGAAAACUAACGAAAUGCUCACUAACUGCAACGCUCUGAGCGCCUCUAGACUGAAAUCGGUGGGGCCCGAAUUCAAGAAACAUGUUCAACUUUUAUUGGAAACUAGGAAAGAUUUAGAGUAUGUUUUCAAGAAAAUUCGGGUAAUCAAAACGAAACUAUCAGCGCAGUAUCCAGAUGCUUUUGCAGAAGCUGUUAGAAGCAGUUUUGCUGAAGAAUGCGAAGAAGAGGAGAAUUCGGAGAAGAGCAAGACCAAAAACGAGGAAAACAGAAGGAGCUUGCACAUAAAACGCGAUGAAACGGAUAAUAGUGAUACCAAUAGAAGAGCUUCAAAGUAAAUGUAUUAUCUCGACAAAAUGUAUAAUCCAAAAAGAGCGAAAUAUUGAUUGUUAUGAUUUAUUUAAUGUAUCAUUUUUUUAUUUAAUAGUGAAAUAUGUAAGUUAAACAUUAAUUAUUUUUCCUAAACUAUUCAGCGAGUGUAAAUUCAUAAGGAAAGGAAGAUGUUUUUAUUUUGUCUAUGUGUAAAUUUAUCAAGUUUCUGAGCCAAUUUUCUCA